AUGUAUGUCAAUCAAUCUCUAUGCAUUAUCCUUGAUCCCAAUCCUGCCACUCGGAUUACAUUUGCUGAGGUCAUUGAGAAUGAUUGGUUCAAGAAAGGAUAUAAGCCACCCGUAUUUGAACAGGCUAAUGUUAGUCUUGAUGAUGUAAAUUCUAUUUUCGGUGAAUCUACGGAUUCAAAAAAUCUUGUUGUAGAGAAGCGUGAAGUGGGGCCUGUGGCACCUGCAGCACCUGUGACUCUGAAUGCCUUUGAGCUCAUCUCCAAAUCUCAGGGCCUCAAUCUUAGUAGUCUUUUUGAGAAGCAAAUGGGACUAGUUAAAAGGGAAACACGGUUCACAUCCAAAUAUCCAGCAGAUGAAAUAAUUUCAAAAAUUGAACAAGCUGCAGGACCCCUGGGUUUUGAUGUUAAGAAGAACAACUGUAAGUUAAAGAUUCAAGGAGAAAAGACUGGACGGAAAGGUCAUCUGUCUGUGGCUACUGAGAUCUUAGAGGUGGCCCCUUCACUAUACAUGGUUGAGCUGCGUAAGUCUGAAGGAGAUACUCUGGAAUUUCACAAGUUCUACAAAAACCUUUCUACUGGGCUAAAAGACAUUGUUUGGAAAUCCGAGCCUAUCGACGAAGAAAAACAAGGUGCCAAUACAUCAAAAUAACUGUUAUCCAAACUUUCAUCUCUGUGCGAAGUACAGUCACAAGUUGUGUUAUUGUCUAAUAAGUGUGGGCAUUGCAGGAUUCUGUCAUGGAUUUUUUUUCGUCAUCCGUGUAUGAAAAUUUGCCUUUAUUUGAACUGUACAUCAAUAACUUUUUUCAUUUUUUGUGCUGUCACAAACUUUACAAAAUGCAAAAGGGAAAACUAGGCUAGCUAGAUGUUUCUAGUAUUUGUUUGCAAGACCAGUUGCAUGUGAAAAUUUGUGUUUAUUUGAACUGUAGAUCAAUAACUUUUUUCACUUUUUGUGCUGUCACAAACUUCACAAAUGCUAAAGGAAAAACUAGGCUAGCUAAAUGUUUCUAGCAUUUGUUUGCAAGGCCAGUUGCAUGUGAAAAGUUGUAUUUAUUUGAACUGUAUAUCAAUGACUUUUUCAUGUUUA